AUGAAGACCACAUCCAUCGGAGCCAGCAUCUUGCUCAUCAGUAGCUGUUUGCUUUCCGCCGAAGGAUUUGCACCAAAACCAUUGGCCAGUCAACCACAGCAAAACAAUCAACAUGUGAUGCUUCCAUCUCCACGACAACACAGCAGUGCUACAGCCUUGUCCAUGUCAAAAGAGGAAACUACAUGGGAUCGCAUUACAGGCCCGAAACUCUUCAAGACGGUCACCAACUGGUCGGGUAUUCAUUCCGUGCCACUGGUACCGUUGCGAAUUUUGACGGGUCUUCUCAUGAUCCACCAUGGAUCCGAAGGUGGCUUGGGUCCGGCCAAUUUUGGAACUCCCGAAUUUCAAGGCUUUAUCGACUACAUUGUGGUACCCUACUUUGGAUUCCUGCCAGGACCUCCCGAAAUCUGGUCCGCCAUUCACGAUUAUAUUGAAUUCUUUGGUGGCAUUUGUUUGGCGGCUGGAUUCUUGACCCGACCGGCAUCCCUCGCCCUUUUGUCCACCAUGAUGGGAGCCGUAUACUUUCAUUUGUCGUCCGUGGGAGCACAGGGAUUCCCUCUGGGGCAUGUUAGCAAUUACAGUUAUGACUUUGAAGAACCGACUCUGUACGCUUUGAUCUUUUUGAUGUUUUGGUUCAAUGGGGCUGGACCCCUCUCGGUGGAUUCCAUCAUUUACCAAAACAUUUCGCAGGAGGAAGACGAAGAGUAG